GCUGUCGCCAUGGCAUGCAGUUUGCAGAAGCUGUUUGUUGUGGAAGAGGAGUUUGAAGAUGAGGAUUUCUUGUCUGCAGUGGAGAAUGCUGAGAACCAGUUUGUUGGAGCACUGCCCAUGAAUGCUGGGCGCCUGAGACCUGUCUCUUCCAGGCCCCAAGAAGCCACGCAGGCGUUGAGGCCAGUGCCAUUACAUCCCCCUACUCCUCAAAGCCUCCCACCUCUGGGAGUCUGCCUCGCUACCUCCAGUGUACCUAGAACCAUCACGGACCCAUCUUCUACAGGAACAGUCCCCCUGAGGCCUGUCUCAACUUCCAGCUGCUGGACUGGCAAUCAGAGAAUGACCCUGCCAGAAGGACUGCAAGAGUCGGCCCCACUCCCAUCCCCACACUCUGUUCGUACCUCGGAAAGGCAUCAGCAGGACAUGGGUGGCUUUGAGGGACCUGAACAAGAUGACUUUGAUAAAGUGCUGGCAAGCAUGGAACUGGAGGGAGCUGGUGUGGGGCUGAAACGUGGAGUUAGCAGUGAGAUCACACAAACCUUGCCUGCUCGGCAGCAGGAGGACCCAGUAUUGACUAAGAAGGCCCGGAGAGCUGAUCCAAGUGGGACAUGCCAGAAGGGGCCCGUGCCAGCCACCCACACAGCAGGUGUUGGGUCAGUCCAGGAUGAACCUCUCCAGCUGCCUGGCCACCAUAGGAGUCCGUGGUCCCGCCUGAGACCUGGUGCUGUGGGCAGCCCUCCUGCCCCACCAGACUCGGCAGUUCCCACUUGGCAGCCUCCCUGGGAAGUCUGCCCCACAGGCCCCUCUGUUCCAGCACCUCAGCCUCUCGAAGCUGUGGGGGGUCCCAUUCAGAACAGCCCUCAAAAUCGAAUGCCCAGUCCGCCAUGUCAGUCUCCCAGUGCCUGGUUCCAUGGCAAACCCCAUUUUUCUGGACCUCAGACUCCCAACUCCAGUUGUUCUACUCCCUCAAAGACCAGCUCUGCUGUACUUUCUCGGGGGCCUUUGCCAUUUCGAGCCCCAGUGUCUUCUGUUGAGUCUCCUGUUGUCACCCCAAAAGGUCCCCGUUCCUCCCUGGUUUCCCAGGCCACUGUUCAGACACCCAGAGUCACCAACCACUUGGUACAGCUGGUCACAGCUGCCAGCCGCACACCCCCACAGUCCACCCGCCCCUCUGCCAGAGCCAAAACUCGCCGCUUCCCUGGCCCAGCAGGCGUCCUGCCUCACCAGCAUAGUGGGAAGAAUCUGGAGGAGAUCAUGGUUUCCACACCCCAAACUCCGACUCACGGUGCUCGGGCUAAAUUCCAGACAGAGGUUGUUGCUAGUUCCCAGGCAUCAGUGGAGGAAGAUUUUGGGCAAGGGCCUUGGUUGACCAUGAAAUCUGCUCUGGGCCUGGAUGAGAACGACCCCACUUGCUUCCUCUGCACCUACAGCAUCAUCAUGGUGCUUCGGAAGGCAGCCCUGAAGCAGCUUCCCAGAAACAAGGUUCCCAACAUGGCUGUGAUGAUCAAGUCUCUGACUCGGAGCACGGUGGAUGCGAGUGUGGUUUUUAAGGACCCCACAGGAGAGAUGCAGGGGACUGUGCACAGGGUGCUGCUGGAGACACACCAGAAUGAGUUGAAGCCUGGCUCAGUGCUGCUGCUGAAGCAGAUUGGAGUGUUUUCUCCUUCACUCCGGAAUCACUAUCUCAAUGUGACACCCAACAACCUGGUCCAUAUUUACAGCCCAGAUUCUGGGGAUGGGAACUUUCCAAAGCCAUCUCAUCCCUUCUCCAAGGGUCCCAGAAGCUUCGAUGACAGCUUCCAGCCUGAUGUCACCCCAAAGCCAGCACAGAAUCCAGGGGUGUCCCCAGAGGAAGAACUCCCAGAAGCAGAUGACCUGGAUGGACUCCUGAGUGAACUCCCUGAGGACUUCUUCGAUGUGCCCAGCAGUUGGGACUGCCCCAAAGCAGGGCAUCCACCAUGAGCCUGCAACAUCUCCUCUCCCAGGCAAUCUGGGUAUAUGGGUCUCGUCUGCAGUAGAGCGGGCCGGCCGAGCGUUUCUGCAGGGUCUCUCUCCGGAUGCUUCCGGGAGCAUUCUCCAUCGGCUGUGUGCUGCUGUGGCCUGGGGACUGUCUUUGGCACUGGCAUUCUAGAACGGAACUGAAGACUGGCUCUCCCACCUUCCAAGUCCUCCUGCCAACAGGAACGGUGCUCGACUCCUUCCUCAGCCUCACUUUACAGGAUGUUGGGCCUGGUGCUCCUUGUCCCUGGUCAGCUGAGUAGCUCUGUUACACCACUGGUGUCUUGAGGCCCAGGGUUCCUAGGUGCUGAGGUCACAGUAUGGGAUGUUGGACGUGGUUCUGAAAUAAAGCAGCCCUGCUUCACCUGCCUCUUCUUUCUCACGCCUGCCCUGCCCCCUGCUCAGGCAUGAGCACAAGCCAGAGCAGAGCCCGGCAACUUUCUUGUCUUUUUCACAUGCUUUUUUUUUUUUUUCUUUCUUUUAAACAGUUUCAUAUUUAUAAAAUUGUAAAAAUACUUGAGAAUACCCUUGCACUCCUUAUCCAUAGCAUUACUCUUUUCUCUAUUAACAGCUUGUAUUAA